GUGAAGAAAAGAAGAAGAAGAGGGAAAAGAAGAGAGGAGGAAGAAGAGAGGAAGAAGAGGGAGAAGAGAAGAAGAAGAAGUAGAGGAGGUGGCUGCAGCGAGGAGCUGUGGGGCGUGGGGAGAAGAAGAGAGGAAGAAGAGGGAGAAGAGAAGAAGAAGAAGAAGAAGAGAGGAGGAUAGCUGCGGCAAGGCUGCAGCGAGGAGGUGUGUGGCUUUGGGGAGGAAAAGGGAAGAGGAGAAGAAGAGAAGGAGAAGAAGAGGGAAAAGAGAGGCAGCUGCAGCAGCCAGGGCUGUAGCACCUCUGUUUCCCGCAGGUGGAAACAGAGGAGAGGAUGUGUGGGGCGUUGAGGAUGAAAAGGGAAGAAGAAGAAGAAGAAGAAGAAGAAGAAGAAGAAGAAGAAGAAGAAGAAGAAGAUAGCUGCGGCAAGGCUGCAGCGAGGAGAUGUGUGGCCUUGGGGAGGAAAAGGGAAGAGGGGAAGAGGAGAAGAAGAAGAAGAGGAAGAGAAAGAGGUGUGAUACCUCUGUUUCCUGCAGAGGAAACAGAGGAGAGGGUGUGUGUGACGCCGGGGAAGAAGGGGCUGCAGCUGCGGUGAUGGCAGCUGCAGCUGGAAGGGAAGAAGAAGAGGAAGAUGAGCAGGGGAGGAGGGAGAGGUUGCGGCCGUGGCUGCGGCCGCGACUGUAGCAGUUGCAGCGGGGAGAGAAGAAGAAGAAAGGAAGGAGAAGGAAGAGGAGAAGGGAAAGAAGUAGCUGCGGCUGCGGUUGUGGCAGCUGCAGCUAUGGCAGGGAAAGAGGAAGAGAAAAAGGAAAGGAAGAAGAAGGGAAAGGGAAGGAGAGGAAGAAGAGAGGAAGAGGAGAAGGGGCUACGGCUGCGGCGAUGGCAGCUGCAGCUGUGGCACGGAAAGAGAAAAAGGAAAGGAAGAAGAAGAGAAAGGGAAGGAGAGGAAGAAGAGAGGAAGAGGAGAAGGGGCUGCGGCUGCGGCGAUGGCAGCUGCAGCUGUGGCAGGGAAAGAGAAAAAGGAAAGGAAGAAGAAGAGAAAGGGAAGGAGAGGAAGAAGAGAGGAAGAGGAGAAGGCGCUGCGGCUGCGGUGAUGGCAGCUGCAGCUGUGGCUGGGAAAGAAGAGAAGGAAAGGAAGAAGAAGAGAAAGGGAAGGAGAGGAAGAAGAGAGGAAGAGAGGAAGAGGAGAAGGGGUGGCAGCUGCGGCAGUGGCAGCUGCAGUUGGAAGAGAAGUAGGAGAGGAAAUAGAGUAGCAGAGGAAGAAGAGGCUGCGGUUGUGGUGGCUGCGGCCAUGGCUGCGACUGCGACUGCGGCAGUUGCAGCUGGGAAAGAAAGGAAAGGAAAGGGGGAAAAAGGGGCUGCGGACGGGAUUGCGGUCGCAGCGGCAGCGACUGCGUAUGCAGCAGUUAUGUCUGCGAGAGAAGGGAGGAAGGAAGGUAGUGCGGUGGAAGGGGCUGCGAUUGUGGCAGCGGCGGCGGUUGUGGCAGCUGCGUUUGGGAAAGAAAAAGAAGGAAUGAGAGUAAGAGAGAGCAGGUGACUGUGCCUCGAUGUUCGACACGUGAUGUAGUUACGAAGAAAGGAAGAAAACGGGAGCACAAAACGAAACAGAGAGAGGACACGGAGGAAAAGUAGAAAGAUUGGACUGGCACCUUCCUUGGAUAUUCAGAUCAAAAUAUUUGAAAGGUCAGCUUGUCACUCUUCGAGAUGUUUGAUUUGGGCUGAGGCAGUGGAUAGCUAUUCAGAAUUAUGGGCAAGUCCUGUUGGUUGUUAUGCUAUUGUUGUAUAAGCAUAUUUUGUAUGUAAUGAAUUGUUCUGAUGAUCGAAAUGGAUAUACUGUGUAAAAGUGUUAGAAGAUCUCUCUUAUUUGGAAUUUCGGAAUGUUAAGUCUAAUUUAUGACGAUAUGAACUUGUGGUGAAUAGUUGGAGUUCUGAUUGUAUAAUUUAUUUAGCUUGUGGAUUUAUAAAUGUUGUUCAUGUUUGUCAA